UAUUAUUAAAUUGUGAAAGUAGAUAGAAAAAAAAAAAAACGUAACUGCUAUGAAACACCGUUCCUUCCUGACAGUACCGUGAUGACACAUUGGCACAACUCCAACGGUGAACCCACAAAAAACUGGAAGUUAAGUAAUUACACGCUGACGGACGAACUCAUUUUCACUCCCGUUGUAGAUGCUCUUAUAAACACGCAAAUAUGCAGGCAGAUCGUGCAUAGUUUCGCUGGAAGUUAGUCACUUUGUUUAUCGUUUUGCAUCACACGGGACCCACUCCACCACACUUCAGUGCCUUCCAGGUGGAUUUCAUGCACUCGCUGGCAUUGCUUAUUACCAAGUAAACGACACCUAACUCGUCCCUCGUGCCUUCUUUUAUUACACACAAAACGACAUCGUUCAUUCCACAACACACAACUUUCUUCUUCUUCUUACCGUCUUUCUCACAAUCACUGUUAUCAACUGUAACUUCACAAUACAAAAUUAGGGUUCGUUAAUUCAAUUAUCAAUUUCGAUCCAUUUCAACUAUAUUCGAUCAAACUCUUCGUUGAGUUGUGAUGUCAUGUCUUCUUCUUCUUCUUCAGCACCACAUUACAGUUCCCUCCCUUCACCUUCAUCUUCAAAUUCCACAGCUCCACACUUCGUCUCACGCGCUACCACAACAACACCAAAGUCCCUAUUCGCCACGCGCAGACCAUGGGAAGAAGUUUUCGCUCUCUACUCAUUCACGCGCCCUUACUCCCUAAACGAAGCAACCUCGCGCGUGAAGCGCAACCUUAACCACUUCCGAGUAAACUACACCAUGAUCGUCCUCUUCGUUUUGUUCCUAAGUCUACUAUGGCAUCCUUUCUCAAUAAUCGUAUUCUUGAUCGCGCUCGUGGCUUGGUUCUUCCUCUACUUCUUCCGUGACGAACCGUUUGUUCUGUUUGGCCGUGAUGUUGAUGAUAGGGUUUCUGCGGCGGUGCUCGCGGUGGUGACCGUCGUAGCUUUGGCGUUUACCGGUGUUUGGGUGAACGUGCUGGUUUCGGUUGUGGUUGGUGUUGCGCUUGUUGUGUUGCACGCUGCGUUUAGGAGUACGGAGGAUUUGUAUGUUGAUGAACAUGAGUUCUAUGAUGGAGGGUUACUUUCGUUUGCUGGGGGUACCCCUACAAAGCGUUCUACUUCAACAGGGUAUCCUUAAUAUAGGAUACUUGUUCAUUUUGUGUCCCCUAGUUUACAUACAUUCUUUUUUUUUUUUUCUUCAUAAAAAUACAUUCAAUUUGUUUAGGGGAAAUUGGAUUGUUCAUGUUUUCUUAAUUCUUAACAAGAAUGGUUUUUUACAUGUACAUUUUUUUUACUUAAACUUGUUUGCUAGAAGGGGAUUCGAUUUUGUGUAUUUUGAUUUUCAAUAUCAUUGUCUUGAUAAUUUUAUUUUGGUAUGAUUUUUGAUAUUUGUAUUUUUUUAUUUAUUGUAAGUGAAAAUAUAGAUAGGUAGUUUUUGGUUGAACAGAGGAGUAUGAUUAUAGUU